GAAAUCUGACAGAAAAGAAAAAAACAAAAUGCGUGAUGGCUACGCUUGACGCAAACCUGUAAUUUCGUUUCGUUUGUGUUUGCCGAGCUGUUUGAGCACUAUUUACAAAUCGUUGUCUUGUAGAAUUUUUCAAAUUUUAUACCAAACUGCGACAUCGAGGAAAGCAUUUUGAUUUGAAUCUCUGUAUAACCGUCAAAAUAAAAUGACGCUGGGAACUUACAACAGACACCAAGCUCAGAGGAAAAAGCAAGCAGCUUUGGCGGCGGCGUUUCCUCAAGGCAUCCGCUGUCAGAAAUGCUUGGAGUAUGGACACUGGAGCUACGAGUGCACGGGAAAAAGAAAAAUUUUGGUUCGACCGUCACGUACAAAGAUCCUUAAAAAGAAUUUAGAAAAGAAAGAAGGAGGCCAGUGCAGCAAUGGCAAAUGCAAGAUUCCAAGCAAAAAGAAACGCGCUAGCUCGGACUGUUCAGACUGUUCUGGCUCAUCCAGCAGCUCCUCCGACUCUGGUUCAGACAGUUCAGAUUCUUCUGGUAGCGACAGCAGCAGCGGCUCGGACAGUGAUAGCGAUAGUGGCAGUAGCAGUGAGUCGGAAUCUGGAUCAGGGAGUGAUUAAAAUAAAACUGUAAUUUUAUGUAGAAGGUGAGAUAUUUUGCUAUUAACCUUUUGUUUUUAUCACUGCCAAUACAACUAAAAAUUUAAAUUUAUUUUUUAUUCCUUGCAAGUUU